GGCAGUCACUGGUUUUAGUCGUACGCGUAUAAGAAGUGGUUCGGUCUAAGGCUUUCUUGAUACGUUCGUUGUUCUCCCGUUGUUUCUGUGAGGUGAAAUUCGAGGAGAAACAACUGAUUGUGCAAAAACAACCCUCAGGAAAGGAACGGAGCCGUUUGUUGCUAACUUCUGACCCUACAUGAAAAUAGUGCAACCAUAGACUUAUAAUGGGACUAGUACUAUCACAAAUGGUUCUCAGACCAAAGUGAAUAUGGUUUGAAUUAACGAAACUUAAAUAGUGCUAAAGGAAAAACAGAACGCAAACGAGAGAGAGAGAGAGAGAGAGAGAGAGAGAGAGAGAGAGAGAGAGAGAGAGAGAGACUUCUCCUUAGACAUGAAAAGGGCAACUUCGCUGAUUUUAGAAACAAGAUGAGAUACCGGUCCUGGAGCUCGACCAAAAUGCGGUGUAUCGAUCUUCUUGCCCUCUUCCUGCUGCAUUUUCCUUCGGAAGUGAUUGGCCAAGUCCGAUUCGCCCCAAAUUCCAGAGAAAGUACGCAACGCGACGGAAACAGUUUUGCCAAUGUUUCCUCUCAACCGAGUAACUGCACCGACCUGCACCCUUGGUGUGCAGGCUGGGGUGCCUACGGCGAGUGUGAAACGAAUCCUUCCUACAUGAAAGCCAACUGCCCUGCAACCUGUAAUUCUUGCGCUUCCCAAGGUCCAAAUAUAAUCCAACCAAAAGAAAGAGGUGAUUUACCCAGUGUGUCAACCCGUGUGCCGGCCAACCAGGAACGCUGUGUCGACCUGUAUCAUUCAUGUAGUGGAUGGGGUUCCCGAGGCGAGUGCGAGUCCAACCCUGCCUUCAUGCUGAUGAACUGUCCAGUGACCUGCAACUCCUGCUUUCCAGAAGAUAAAAACAAGUGCGUCAACAGAGGUGAUGAUGCCACCUGCGAUCUGUCAGCUGCCCUUGGGCUUUGCCUUGUCAAUCCUUCCUACAACCUGCGCUUCUGUGCUGGUUCUUGCAGCAAGUUUAUUGAUGUUUGUAGAGGAAAUAACAGGCCAAAUGAAGAUGCAAAGAGUUGCCACAAAUUGCAGACGCUACGAAAUCCAGACUUUGAGUGUGGUGUGAUUCCACAAUAUGGCCAGACUGUGUUAGUCCAAAACGGGCCUCGUUCUAAACUGGUACGAACUCCAAGGAGGUUUACUAGUUCAGAAGAUGAGAUCCCAGGUCACCCAGGACGAAAUAGAAACAAAAAACGAAGGAAAAACACAAGGAAGAAAAAUGGUCAGAGGAGAAAAGGGAACAAUAAUCAUCGAAACCAUGAGGGCCAGAGGUUGGAGAGUGAUCCAUCAGAGAGCACAGUGACGCCUAAAAAUGCUCUGACUGAAGUUCAAGAAAUUAAUAACAGUGAACAGGCAGAUCUUAGAGGGGAAUCCAGAGAAGACGCCAUACUGGAAUCUGUGGAGGAUUCCCAGAAUGGUGACAGAUUUUUCAACAUCACUAACCUAUCCUACAACAUCACUAAUCCUUUCAACUUAACUCAUGCCCCGCUUAAUUUGACUAUUGCCCCCCUUGGCCCCCUUAACUUCACGCAUGCACCGUUAAACUUAUCUACUCUUCCAUUUUUCAAUGAGCUAUUGCAAUUAAAACCAGUGGCAAACCAGAACAACGUGAUUGCAGACGCAUGGUUUCCCACACUGGCAAUUAUUGCUCUUCUCCCUGCUCUCUUCAGCAUUCCCUUUUACAUUGAGUUCGGUGCUCUUGAGGCGUCUCGCCAACAAAAGCCUCCCCCUCCCCCACCCCCUGGCCCACCACCUCCACCAGGUGGUCCACCUCCUCCAGGCCCAGGAGGUCCACCUCCUCCAGGCCCAGGUGGUCCCCCUAAACCUCCAGGAGGCGUCCUCCCUUCUCCAGCAGUUCAGCCUAAGAUUUCCUCUAUCCAUGAGGCUUAUCCAUCAGCUGAGCAGUAUCCCUACUAUUCUUAUUAUCAAGCUCCUCCUUACCAUGGCUAUUAUCAAUAUCCAUCAGCUUCUUCACGCACCUCAUCAUAUCCUGCGUCAAAUGAACCAGCAUCACCUGUACUUCAGGCUCGGCAUGAUGCUCCUGAAACUUCUGUUUUGGUGCCAUAUUGCGAGCUUUCCGAGUACCUCUCGCUGCGAGGGAGGGUUGACCGGCUCAUUAAGAGGCACACGGGUCAACCGUUGGAUCCUGAAGUGGUGCGACUGUUAGAGGCCAUGAACUACUGCAGGUAUGGUUUCUCAGUAAGGCCUGAGGGAAAUGGUCAUAACAAGUCGUUUGUGGAACCACCCCAACGUGGCCUGGAAUAAGUUAUCCAGCGUUGUUUAUCAGCAGUGUCUACGAGAGAGCAGCUAAUGCCACAGAUGGCGGCAAGCGAGGAAGCGAGUAUUUCUGCGGUGGUUCCCUUAUCACUCCCAAUCACAUCCUCACAGCUGCUCAUUGUCUGAUCACGAACAGGCCAUCUAGCAUUCGGCUAGGCGAUGACCUGACACACGCUGGUACCAACUACAAGGUGAAGAAGAUCACACUACAUCCCGAGUAUGAUCCAAGGUUUAGAUAUAAUGACUUAGCAGUAAUCGAACUCGAAGGCGAGGUGAAAUUCCCUCGACUAAUGCGUCCAUACUGCUUACUUCCCCACAAACAAGAGCUGGAAGGUCGCAUUGGUCAUGUCUCUGGCUGGGGUUACCGACCAGAUGAGUCAACUUCAUUCCUGUUGGAUACCAAAGUCACCAUGACAUCCCCAAAAGAUUGUCGCUCAUUCUAUGAGGGAGAUGAGCUCUUCCUUCAUGAGUAUCCUAGAGGACUUGACGGCUCCUUCCUGUGCGUAAGCAACAGAGGUCCUAGUGAAGAUCAGUGUCGGGGAGACUCUGGCGGACCACUAGUCACAGAAGGAGUUAAUGGACGAAUCAGAGGAGUCGGCAUAGCAAACAGUGCCAUUGGUUGCAGCGAACCUGGUCAGCCUAGCAUUUAUUCCCGUACAUCUGCCUUCCUUUCCUGGAUCGACCAAGUGAUUUAUGGGCCCUGUGUGCAGACGCUCUUCACCAACAUAGUACAGUAAACAGAAUGCAUAAAACCACAGAAAACUACUUCAUCUGGUGCAGUGGGCAAGCCGGAAAAUUUUCUCCCUGUGGCAAGAUGCACAAUGUUAAAGGAAGAACGCACCAGGCUUCCUGUAUCGAGUAGAUCAGGCUUCCCUAGACCUAGGCGUAGGCUGUAGACAAUAUUUACCCUCAAGGUAUAAUGACAUAGUAGAUUGUCAUGUGGUUUCCUCACACGAUAAAAUUAUGAUUAACCUUUCGGUUUAUGUAACUGUAAAUAUAAGUAGGCAAUUCCAUGAAAUUAAGUAUUAAGGUUUUUGGAAUGUCUACAUAUUUAAUCCUGUGUGGUGGAAAUGGCAGCCACUUUUGGUUGCUCCUAUUAGCGGGUAUCUCCAUUAAAUAACCAGGGUUAUCUUAAUACCAAAAUUAGACAAGAGUUCCUGUAAUUAUUUAUAUCACCUUUCAGCCUUUACUCUCUUUUGGUAAUCAUAAGAUUUAGAUUUAGGUAGUGGGUCUAAGUUUGGGAAACUAUACAGCCUAUCAGCUGAUUACUCCUAAACUUAAGAUACUAUUAUGAAUCAUCCUAUCAUGUUGUUUUUUGUUGUUGUUUCUGCGUAUAAACAAACGUAUUUUUGUGCUGUAUCCGUGUUUAUGUUGUACUUGUAAUAAUCCAUACAUCAUCAUAUACUAAUAUUUAAAAAAUUAGUCAUGGAAUUAACAACAAAUUGAAUCAUAUAAAAAUGAAUUACACUAAGGAAGUUUUUUUUUUUUUUUUUUUUUUUUGCUGAACACGUUUUUAUGAUGUUAGGAAUAGUUAAUUCCAUAUUGCCAUUGACUUCCAUUAAAAAAAAAAACACAGGUUUCCUGCUGUUGAUGAAAAAAUGUAAGACAGAAAAUGGGAAAAAUUAGUAACUAUAGCUGGUAACUAUAGGUAUUAUGUCCUAGUACUAUGUUAGUCGCCUUAGAGGAGGAUUGCAGCUUUUGUUUCCCCUUUUUAGUUAUAAAAGUUAUAUUGUUAUAUUUAUUGAUUUUAUAAGAUUUUGUACAUUAAAGUGACUGGUUAAACGAAAUAUAAA